UGUGCCAAAGUGCUGUGAUCUGCCCCCUUAUUCACUGUGAUAGUGAUCGUGGUAGUGUGAAGAUAGCGCGCUCUCUCCCGGUCGCUCAACUGCAGCAAUGGAUACGAAGCCAAAGAGUGUGCCAAGCGGACGGUGGUUCAACCCGCAGCUGGUGCAGCUGAAGGUGACACUGUUUCUCCUGUUCGGUGCAACGAGCGCCCUCACGCCCUACCUGACGAUCCACAUGCAAAGCAUCGGACUGACGGUGGAGGAGGUCGCGUCGGUGUACUUGACGCUGCUGUUCACCUCCUGCCUCAGUCCGCCGCUGACGGGCUACUUGAUCGAUCGCUUUGGCCGCUACAAACCGGUUCUGCUGACGAGCAUUGUGCUUAAUGCCGUAUCACAUCACUUGAUCCACUUCAUCCCGGCCCGAAACGUCAUCGUGACGCACCGCAGCUGGAACGUGUCGCUUGCUGGCGACGGUGCUGCUCUGCUUCUACAGGGAACGAACUGUCCACUCCAAGGAUACCUCAACGCAUCCUGCAGCUCCAACAGCACUACCUCCCUACCGACGUACCUCGCUGCGAGUGAAACUAGCUGCGCCGACCUUCCCAUUCCCGACUGUGCCCUGUCUGCGCUGUCAGCCGGCACGCUGAUGCUGCUGGAACCGAUCCCACCGGCAAGCGAGUACGAUGCAACGUUCUGGACGUACCUUGCCGUGCGGUUCGUGGCGGCGUCCAUGCUCGCCUCCACGCUCACCAUUACCGAUCCGAUCGCGCUCGACAUGGUGGAGCAGCACGGCGGGGACUUUGGCCGCGAGAAGCUCUACUCGAGCGUAGGCAUGGCGAUCUUCACGCCCCUGACCGGGCUCAUGAUUGACGCCUGGUCGAGCGGGUCCGGCCCGACCGAAACCGUCUACACGCCCGCCUUCUACACCUACGAUCUGCUGCUGCUCGGCUCGCUCGUCUCGGUGUCGCUGAUGCCAAUCGGCCGCAAGAUCCCGUCCGAGAGCGUGAUGAAGGACACGCGCCGCCUGCUGCGGCUGCCGCCCGUGCUCGCUUUCCUGGCGUUUCUGUUUCUGCUCGGCAACUUCUGGGGCUUCAUCGAGAGCUACCUGUUCGUGAUCAUGAAGGCGAUGGGGUCGCCCAACUAUCUGCUCGGCCUGACCUACACGGUCGGGACGGUGGCCAGCAUACCGAUGAUGUACCUGCUGGAGCGCAUUACGCAGCGCGUCGGCCACGUGAACCUGCUCGUGGUGGCGUUCUUUGCCCACGCGCUCCGCAUUCUCGGCUACUCGUGGAUCACCAACCCGUACUGGUGCUUCCCGAUCGAGCUGAACGAAGCCAUCUCGUGCUACUUUAUGUGGGUCGUCGCCACGACGUACUGUGCGGUGCUGGCGCCGAACAGCUUGGUCGCUACGCUGAUCGGCAUUGCCGGGAUGGUGCACUUCUGUCUCGGGAAGGGCGUUGGUGCGUUUGUGGGUGGGUUUUUAAUAGCGCGCGUUGGGCUGGUGCUGGCCUUCCGCUAUGUUGGGUAUAUGGCCGUGGGCUGCGGUGUGCUGUACAAGCUGGUGCAUCUGCUAUGGCUGCACAGGUACGAUGGACGAGCGCUGCCCGACCGGGAACCCGUACGUGCCGUGGAGGAGCUGGUGAAACGGAGGGCUUCGAUCUUGCCGAAGGUUGAUCAGUUCGGCAGUGUCGUAUCGUUCGGUGGACUCGCACGAACGAAAGCGGAAGAUGCGCAUGACAAGGAGGGUGCUGAAGAGUAGACCUCCAUUGGAGAAAAUGUCAAUAGUGCCAUAAAAUCGCUUUCGCUUUGUUGGAACGUGAUCGUUUUGCUAUCGGAACCCUGGAGGUGUACCAUAAGUUACGACUGUUGCCAUUAUUGCUGGAACAAAAAACUUACUUGAAGGUUGUUUCUCGUUUUUUGGGCACAAUAAAAAAAAAGCUUGGACCAUUUCUUGUCGAAAGAGCCACCUCCAAAAAGUAUUCCAUAACUUCCCAGUGCUUCCAUACAGUGCGGCUGUGUGCUACCAAUACCAAUAUGCCGUUCAGAUAAUUCAUAUCUCAAACUUGAAGCUCCCGAUCCCACCCGAUUCGUUCGAUUGCUUUCGCAGGAAAGGCCAGAAGAUAAUAACGUUAAGGACCGAGAGGUAAAAAAAAAGGAACGAACAAAAAAAACCUCCUUUCAGCCUCCAAUCAAGUUUCUUUGCUGCCAUCCAAAACUUUGCCAUCACAUACUUUAAACUUUAAUGAAACGCUCCUCCAACAUCUUCGCCCGCCGGCUGCCCCAAGGACGGGCGGGUGUGUCCUCUCCCGCGUUGCCAACAUCCCGAUAGCGGAAUCGAAACGACCGCAGACCACAUGCUGAUUUUCGUUAUUAAUAAAGUUUCCAAUCGUUAUUCUUUGCCCGCGUGCGCGCUCGCUUCCCCGUCCGGGUGCCGGGUUUAAGGCAUCCUAACGACUCGUCUAGUUUAUGGCCGUGGCAGGAUGGGAGCGUGCUAUAUUUUUUCUUUCUUUCUUGAAACUUUCCCCACAACGUGCUUCUAAUGCUGCCGACCGUGAGCGAAUAAGUUGCGCCGUGGUAGUGCAGGGAGUCGUGCUGAUGGGAAAGGUGUAGGGCAGGAUGCGUUUUUCAAAGUACGAUCACAAACACUGGGAAACAUCUCCCAGCACACCGACACACUCACAGCAUGGGAGGCAAAGCGCACAGAAGUUCUAACGGCUGCGGUGCGCCUCCUGCAGCACACCUGGCCCGACCUUCCGCAGAGUGCACUGGUGGAUCGCACGGGAGUGGAUCUGCAUCCGCUGACCUAGAAGCGUGGAUUGUCACCAAACAAAGCAGGGUGGUUUGGUUAUGGUUUGUGUGAGUGUGUGUGUGUUUGAUUCACUGAGUUUUUUUACCAUGCAGGUCCCUUAAACUCUGAUGAAAACCCCGAGGCCGUUUUGCUCUUUCAAUAAUGUAUUCCACCAUGCGUUGCGCAAACUUUGGCCUCUGGUGGGGCAACUUUGAAUUCAUCGUUCGGUGUUAUUUUUGUUAGAAGCACAUCCUUUGGAAGUGUGCACACAGUCGUAAGGAGCGUAAACUUUCGUGGGGCAGAUUUGCGAGUGAAACAAAUGCAUCAAAUCGCUGUUGGAUGCCGUGUUGGCUUCAUUGCAUACGCAAAAUUAAUUAGAUUUCCAAUCGGGACAUCGUGGCACACGUGGAUACAGCUUCAUUGAGCGGAAGUUUAGAACAAAAUGUUCACUGAAGUAAAUUUAUUAUUGAACCCGUAACACAUGGACACUUUUCAAGAGAAAAGGUUCGAACUAGUGAUGGAAAAAUUGAUUUAUUCAAUUGAUCCGAAUCCAGCUGCUUUCGGAUUCGAAUCCGGAUUAACUCCGGAGUUAACGGGGGAGGAGCUAGUAAACCUGGAAUAAUGUUAAGCCUUUUCAAUUUCUUGGCAAGUAACAAUUAACUUUUGAAGAAGAAUUUUUGAAUGUUUUUCGA